CCUCAAGGCAGUAUCCUGAGCCCCCUGCUCUUCAACCUCGUCAUGGCUGGAGUCCCCAAGGCCAGUCUUGGAAGUAACUUACCCAAGACUGCCCAAGGCCCUACCAGCAACAACACCUCAACUCCAACUACAACUCUCCAUCUACGCGGACGACAUCUGCCUGUGGACCAACGGCAAGGACCCCUGGAAAGUGAGGGACACCAUCCAAAAGGGCGUGGAUGCUACGAGCGACUACAUCCGUGGCCUCCGACUCACCCCGUCAGCCGAAAAGACCAGGGUCAUGCUGCUUGGUUCCGCGGCAAACUGGUGUACCCUGCCUGAGCCGAUCCUGAUGGAAAAUACACCACUGGGACAGGUACGUGUCCACCGUUUUCUCACAGUAACCUUGGAUUACAGGUCUUCCUGGGUGGCACUCGCAAGGACCUCCAGACCAGAUGCAAGACAACCCUGAACGUGACCAAGCGACUCAGCUGACGGCACUCCGGCUGCCCCCAGAGGACCCUCCUGACCAUCCACAACGCCACCACAGCCGCUCGGAUGCUGUUUGAAAUCCCCUACGCCACGCCCAGCAGAACAGCGCUGGAAUCCCUGGAACUGCUCCACUGUCGCGGAUUGAAGCUGGCUCUCAGACUCCCACCUGGAGCGCGGAACGUCGCCGUGUACGCCGAGGCUGCCGCUCUCCCUCUCCAACUUCGAGCCACCCAACACCUGCUGAACCAGCUCACCAGACUGAACAGGACAACAACCGGAAGGGCGCUACUGCAGCGUCUAAGGGACCGACAACGGAGCUGUUUUUCAUUUACACUUUUCACGCAGGACCAGCUGUACCAGCCCAUCCCACCAGUCCCCAGCCCAGAUGCUCCAUGGAGGCGCCUCGGGACCGCCAUCCACACAACACUGCCAGGCCUGCCAUGGAAAAAGGACAUACCGGAUGCGGUAGCACAGUUCCUGGCCGCCGAGCGCCUUCAUGAGAGCUACCAGGACUACCUGCAAGUGUACACGGACGCCGCAGUCGACCCUGGACGACGCGCCUGCGCCCUGGCCUGCCAGAUCCCAGCAACACAGUUCUCCUGGGCCGAAGGAUUGUUCGGAUCCCUCUCCUCCACGGAAGCAGAACUCCUGGCGAUCACGGAAGCCCUGGACAUCAUCGCCAAGACGAGCGCCACCAAAGCGGUUAUCCUCACGGACACCCGCGGGGCUCUGUCGAGGCUCAUGAACAGUUAUGAACACUGCCCUCUCUCUUUCAGUGCACACCAAAAGCUGCAACACCCCCUGACGUCCGGCCACCGCAUCGCACUACAGUGGAUACCAUCCCACAAAGGCAUCCCCGGCAACGAGAUGACAGACUCCCUGAGCAAGCAGGAAACCACCAAGGCCCUGGUUCACCAGACUCCAUCCACCACCAGCCAAGCUAAGAAGAGCAUCGCCCUCCACGUGCGCAACUUCCUCCCGGACAAGCCCACGGCGGAAGGGACAGCACCCCCACCCUGCAUCACAGCCGGCUUAACCAGGGACGAGGCAUCGCUGCUGCUGAGGCUCCGAACGUCGUGUGCCUUCACCCGGGCGUACGGCUUCACGAUCGGCCAGGUCGACGACCCACGCUGCGGAACCUGCGGUGUCCAGGAGAGUGUUGCUCACCUAAGCCACAGCCUGUUUAACCUGAUCUACCCCAUGGGCCCACGACACCACCGCCGACGUAUCCAGAGGGAGCUGCUGCAGUUCCUGAGUUCUACCGGCCUGGACACCCACCUGUAGCUGCCACCCUCCGGACUUCCACAGCCUGACGCUGCCUAGGGCAGCGUAGGACCCCAGGACCUGCCUGGACACCAAGAGCCACCCCUGACCCACCCAGACCCCUAGGACCACUUCUCGAGCUGCCGUCGCCACCCUCCACUGCCUGAUGUCACCCACGGCAGCGUAGGACCCCUUAGGACCUGCCCGGACCGCGAGAGCAAGGACCCCGAGAGCCUCCCUGACUCACCCAGACCUCCAAAACCACCCCAGCACCCUUGCCACCCCGACCACCCCUGACUGAUUCCUUCUCUUCUCUCUCUUUCGCUCCCUCCUCUCCCACCCCUUUCCCAGCGGGUGAAACUUGCCGUCGGUAUUGACAGGCAGACCCUCCCCGUUUUCUCUUUUCUCUCUACGCCACUCCACUCCAAUACCGGACGAUAAUUUUCGUUUCCAUUUCUGUUUUCGGUAAUGGAGGACCGUGGCAUGCGUUGCCGUAUCGUUGCCAACUCCAAUUUCGGUAAUAUACCCUUUCUGUUUCCGUUACCAUUACCGUUACCCUUCCCUGCUUAAAAUCAAAAUCAAAAUCAACCCCAUCCACUCAUCGCCGUAGCUGAGUGGUAUACUGCGAUUCUAAAGAUGUCCUGCAAUGUAAUGAACAUAUGGGUCUUCGUGUAUCACUGGCCCCGGUGGUUACAGAAAUCCUCCAGGCAAUGAGCCGUCUACGGACAUAUGGGGUUCACGAAGUAUUCUUACAGUGGGUUCCUGGACUGUUGCAUCCACGGGAAUGAAGAAGCGGACAGGCCUGCGGUGUAGUCACGAAUGGGUCCCGGUCGACAAUAUCAAUAUUAUCCUCUCCAAAAGAGAUAGAAGAACGUACCUUGACGGUACCCAUCUACAAUGGUGUCAAGAUGUCCCAUCAAGUACCCUAAUGAGAGAAGUGGAUCCCGGUUCGUUUUUCAACCCAAUCGGCUGCCUUGCAACUUUUCGUCGGUUAUACACAGGGUUCGUCUCGGUGUGGCCUUCACCCCACAUUUUAAACACAGGCUUGGUCGCUCCGACAUCAUGCUAUGCCCGGUGUGUGCCGUGCUGGCAGGUAUCAAGCACGUGACCUCGGACUGUGUCCUGUUCAGGAACCAAAACGCUAACGGCACGAACGUAGUGACAUGAAGCACAUCACUGCCGCUCCGUUCACACUGGCAAGUCCUCGGACCCUGGACCAACAUCCUACAACAUCGCAGCGCUCUGCAGAUUAUCCUGGAUUUCCUGCAAGACACAGGUCUCCUUUAUAUCCUUUAGUGCGCCCCUCCAAAUUCUGUGCCUCUCGUGUCUUCCUUCAUUUACGGGGUCUUUACGGAUAUACUGAUGCAGCUUUACUACGAUCUUUCUUCCAUCGUCACCUGAUUGUCAUGUUAUGUUUCAUACAGUCCCGUCGGUAUUGGGGUAGUGGGCCACAACUCACGUGGCGAAUUUUCCCAUUCAUCAUCAUAUUUGUUGUUGUUGCUUGAGCAAUUAAGCUUCCCAUAAUCACUUGUCGUUAUUCAAAUGUCAAGCAAAAUUCAUCUCAAGAUCCACAGUUAGCAGUGCGAUGCUCUUCGUAAACUACGAAAUUCCUAGUGUGCACAGCAUGAACAAGUUUCGCUUUCCAGCGGUGAAUCACCCCAUGUCAU